UAAAGAGGAGGGGCAAGGGCGAGUCGGGAUAGGAUACUAUUCGUCGUUACAUAGGCUACUGUAUGCUCUCUGGGAUAGAACAAAUUCAGGGAAAGGGUUAUGGAGAGGCGUUUGACUUUGACGGAUUACAACAUUAUGGUGUUCGCUUGAAGCAGCGAGUUGCUCCUCACACACAAUAUCUCUGGGAUUCUAGGGCUGGUAAUUAAUACGAGAGCGCAACUGGUAGCUACCAGCUUGAAGUUACUCUGGAACAUCAGUUUCUAUUUCAAGCUAAUUCAGCGCAACAUGAGAAAUUAGCCUAUAUGCACGCCUUCUAGCAAAUACUUGCGGUGGCACUCUACAAAUGUGGUCAUCAGGACAAUGCUGAAAAACUUUGGUUUGUCAUCAAAGAUGCCAGCGUAACGUAGGGUAGGAACAGCUGGGACUCGGGCUAGUGUUUAUCUUUUGUUUCGCAGUGAAUCAGUCCAAAUAAGUCUAUCAAAGUUUUUGUUUACAUCAACCAUAUUUUCUAUCGUCUUGAGAAGUAACUUUUGGAUAAAAAAAAACAACCAUGGCAGAACACGAGAGUUUGGAGUUCGGGAAGGCGGAUUUUGUUCUUCUGGACAACGUGUCCAUCGAAGAAUUUAUGGCUAACCUCAAGCUCAGGUUUGAAAAGGGCCGCAUCUACAGCUACAUCGGGGAGGUAGUGGUGUCGGUCAACCCCUACCGUGCCAUGAACAUCUAUGGCCGCGACACGAUCGAGCAGUACAAGGGCCGGGAGCUGUACGAGCGCCCGCCACACCUGUUCGCCAUCGCAGACGCGGCCUACAAAGCCAUGAAGAGGAGGAACAAGGACACCUGUAUUGUCAUCUCAGGGGAGAGUGGUGCUGGAAAGACUGAGGCCAGCAAAUACAUCAUGCAAUACAUCGCUGCUAUCACCAACCCCAACCAAAGAGCAGAGGUGGAGAGGGUGAAAAACAUGCUGCUGAAGUCCAACUGUGUUCUGGAGGCUUUCGGUAACGCCAAGACCAACCGCAACGACAACUCUAGCCGCUUCGGCAAGUACAUGGACAUCAACUUUGACUUCAAAGGGGACCCCAUCGGCGGCCACAUCAACAACUACCUGCUGGAGAAGUCGAGAGUCAUCUUCCAGCAGGAAGGCGAGAGAAGCUUUCACUCUUUCUACCAGCUGGUGAAGGGAGCUCCAGAUUCUCUACUGCGCUCUCUGCACAUCCAGAAGGACUCCACUGCCUACAGCUACAUUAAAGUCGGUGGACAGGUCAAGUCAUCCAUUAACGAUGGUGCUGAUUUCAAAGCUGUGGCCGACGCCAUGAAGGUGAUUGGUUUCACAGCGGAAGAGAUCCAAACCGUUUACAAAAUCCUGGCUGCCAUCAUUCAUCUGGGCAACCUGAAGUUCGGCACAGACGGCGACGUGACGCUGAUCGAGACCUCCAAGCUGGUGGCCAUCCUGGGCGACCUGCUGUCCACCAAAGAGGAGAACGUGGAGAAGGCGCUGCUCUACCGCACCGUGGCCACUGGCCGAGACGUCAUCGACAAGCAGCACACGGCCCAGGAGGCCAGCUACGGGCGCGACGCGCUGGCCAAGGCCAUUUAUGAGCGUCUCUUCUGCUGGAUAGUGGGGCGGAUCAAUGAUGUCAUUGAGGUGAAGAACUAUGAUGCCAGGGUGCAUGGGAAGAACACGGUCAUUGGCGUGCUGGACAUCUAUGGCUUUGAGAUCUUCCAGAACAACAGCUUUGAGCAGUUCUGUAUUAACUACUGCAAUGAGAAGCUGCAGCAGCUUUUCAUUCAGCUGGUGCUAAAACAGGAACAAGAAGAGUACCAGCGAGAAGGCAUCCCCUGGAAACAUAUCGACUACUUUAAUAAUCAGAUCAUUGUGGACCUGGUAGAGCAGCAACACAAGGGUAUUUUCGCUGUCCUGGACGAGGCCUGUAUGAAUGUGGGAAAAGUCACAGACGAGAUGUUCCUGCAGGCGCUCAACGGCAAGCUGGCCAAACAUGCCCACUACAAAAGCCGAAAGCUUUUACCUACCGACAAGACUCUGGAGUUUGACCGGGACUUCCGCAUCAGACACUAUGCUGGGGACGUGGUGUACUCUGUUGUUGGCUUCAUAGACAAGAACAAGGACACCCUCUUUCAAGACUUUAAGAGGCUCCUGUACAACAGCUCCAACUCUGUGCUGAAGGGCAUGUGGCCCGAGGGGAAGCUCAGCAUCACUGAGGUGACCAAGAGGCCACUGACUGCAGCCACCCUCUUCAAGAACUCCAUGAUCUCACUGGUGGAGAACCUAGCAUCCAAGGAACCCUACUACGUGCGCUGCAUUAAGCCCAAUGACGUGAAGUCGCCGCUGCUGUUCGAGGACGAGCGAUGUCGGCAUCAGGUGGAGUACCUGGGCCUGCUGGAGAAUGUGCGCGUGCGGCGCGCUGGCUACGCCACCCGCCAGAUUUACGCCCGCUUCCUCCAAAGGUACAAGAUGAUCUCAGAGUUCACAUGGCCCAACCAUGACCUCCCAUCAGACAAGGAGGCCGUGAAGCGCCUGAUUCAGGGCUGUGGCUUUGAGCAUGACGUGGCCUACGGCAAGACCAAGGUGUUCAUCCGCACGCCACGCACCAUCUUCAGCCUGGAGGAACAACGCGCCGACAUGGUCCAGAGGAUCGUGCUUUUCCUGCAGAAGGUAUGGCGUGGCACCAUUGCCCGGAUGCGUUACCGGCGGAUGCGAGCCGCCCUCAUCAUCCUUCGGGCCUACCGUCGCUACAAGGUGAAAUCCUACAUCCGUGAGGUGAACCGCCGCUUCAAGAACGUCCGUAGCAUGAAGGAUAAUGGGAAACAUGUCAAGUGGCCCACGCCGCCCAAAGUGCUGCGCAGGUUUGAGGAGGCGAUUAGAAACAUCUAUAACAGGUGGUGGGCCUGGUCGCUGAUCAAAGGCCUCUCCCCAGAGGAGAUGCUGCAGGUGAGGGCCAAGGUGGCCACGCUGGAGUGCCUGAAGGGCCAGCGAGCUGACCUGGGGCUGCUGAGAGCCUGGGAGGGAAACUACCUGAAGCGGGAUAGCCCUGAGACAGCCUCCUCCUUCACCCUGGUGUCCAGUGACCUUCAGCGCAAGGACAAGUUCAUGAGGGUCCUUUUCUCCUCCAAUGUCCGCAAGAUCAACCACUUCAACAAGGCAGAGGACCGAGCUGUGCUCAUCACUGACAGACACCUGUACAAGAUGGACCCCGUCAAACAGUACAAACCUAUGAAGAGCAUCCCUCUCUAUAACGUUACUGGAGUGAGUGUGUCCCCAGGGAAAGACCAGCUGGUCGUCUUCCACACCAAGGAUGGCCGAGAUUUGGUGGUAUGCCUACAAGGCAUGACGCCAGCGGGGGAGAGCCGUAUCGGCGAGCUGGUGGGGACCCUGUUCAGUCACUUCAAAAGUGAGAAGCGGAAGCUGCUGGUCAACAUCGGCAGCCCCAUCCAAUGCAGCCUGAACGGGAGGAAGUGCACCGUCGUGGUGGAGCCCAAGAUCAACCAGUCGCAGCCCGACUUCACCAAGAGCCGCUCCGGCUACAUCCUGGCCGUGCCAGUCAACUAAGCAGGGGGACAAACAGGACCAUGGGAAGCCAUAACCAUUUCUGUGCCCUCCUUCCUCCUGUCGUAGAACUGAACUGAUUUCAGAGAUCAAAGCCAUAGAAACAUUCUCCAGUGAAACAGGCGUCAUAUUGAACCUCGCUUAGCUGCAUUGACUAGUGUGUUCGCUUGUUUCAUUUGUAUGUAAAUGGAAAAUGUCAUCCGAGUAAUGUCCUGUGCUUUUAAUUGCUUGUAAUUCCUCAUACUUGCUAUCCACCAAAGUCAUUCACCAAAGAGUCGCAUAUUCAAACGUGGGUGAUGUAAGAAUAUAGGAAAUCCCAGACGGGGAGUUAAACCAAUUUAAUUUUCUUUUUUAGAUGCCAAAUGAGGAGGGUAAAUCAUUAUUGUAACGUUUGUGCUAACCAAACAAUGUAGUAUUCACUCAGACUGAAUACAGACUGAAAUAUUAGAUAAUUUGCUAUGGGGCAUUUCCUAUUAGUUUAAGAUGAGAGAUUAUAUCAGACCACAGCUAAGACUGUGAUUAUUUUUGACCUUUUGUAGAUCGUAUUCAUUUGGGUCAAUGACAUUGGUAAAUUAGUUUUGGGUAGUGUGUUCCUAAGAAAUCCUUAAAUUCUUGGAAAUCCGUGGAGACCAAAUUGUGUGUGUGUGUGUGUGUGUGUGUGUGUGUGUGUGUGUGUGUGUGUGUGUGUGUGUGUGUGAAACGAUGAGAGCACUUUCCCCGUCAGGUGAAGACAAGGAUGUGUUGAUCAUGUCCUUAUUCUCUUCUACAGCUCUGAGUAGAGCAUUACAACUCUCUUCUAACUUAAUCACCUUUCCAUUAGUAUCCUCUACACUUACUAUCACACUACAUGCAAGUACUAACUAAUGCAAAAACACUUGCCAACAUUGAAUGUUCCAAUUGUAUGCAAUGUAGCCUAUAUCCUAAAUGCAGUGUAUUUUAGUAUCUUGAGAUGUCUUGAGAGACACAAUGAAAUGAAGAAAUUAAUAUUAAAAUCAUUGAUUUUUUGUAUACUGUUUCCAUACUGUAUGUAUGUAUACUAAAUGUAAGAUGAACGGCACUAAGGUGAGAGGCUAGCAGUGGGCACCCUCCAGGCAGGGAGCAUGCAGUGGUUUUGUCCUGCAUGUAAUCCCUCAUUAGGCUUGUAAUAGGUUAGAUAGAGACUCUUUUGAGUGGGCCAAGGCAGGUCUGGAGGUGGGCCCUCACCCCUGACUGAGGAGCCACUUGAGUUGCACACACCCCCUCUCCUCCGACACAAUGGGUGCAAAGCGAGCGUGCUCAUUGGUCAUAAUCCGGCUAGACCUCUCGCUUUGAUAGUCUGUUGGCUUUGUGUGUGUGUGUGUGUGUGUGUGUCAAACCAGUCAUCCAUUUGAAAGAGGCUGGGGACCAGAGCUUAUAUGCCCCCUCUUGUAAAGCCCCCCUCCUCAGCAUCAGCUAGAGGCCAACAGACGGACACUCAGCCAGGUAGUGUUCUAGGGGCUGAACCUCGCUACCCAUCCACCACGGGCAUGUUUUGUGUGGAGUUCAUGGGUAGUGCAUACAGGUACCUCAUCCCAUGUGACAAGACUGACCAGCGUGCUGUUUCUAAGCCAAAUACGUUUUUUAAACAACUCCAAGUUCUACCAAAUACUUCACUCCUGUUGCUACUGUAUGGAUCUAGCCGCCUGACAGAUCACUGUGUUUAAUGGCUCAGUGGAUAUGUAAAAUAAUGAGUCAUCCAAAGCCUCAAAAAUAGCAGCUCGAAAGAUGUCACUGGCGUGUGUGGAGGGGGAUAUCCUUGAAACCGUGUAAUGUGUUAUUUAUGAAUGGCAAAGCCUAAACCAACCUUUAUUAUUAUCUCUCCCCUGCUAUUGAUUCAGAGAUGCGCACGUAUCCCUAUGUUUGUCAUCAGUAGAUUUGUGUGUGCAUGUGUGUGUGAAUGUGUUUGUUUGUGUGUGGGUGUGUGCGCGCGUGUGAGCGUGCUCUGGCUUUAUUGAUUCAACAAGAGUGACUGGAGGGGUGAUGAGAAAGGCACUCCCAAGACACAUGGCCUACUUUGAGCAGUUUCCCUUCUGCGGAUGAGAAGUGGCAAACCCGCCUCUGAUAUCAGCGUGUCGCGUCUGUCCUCGCCGAGAGAAAACGAUUCCGCUCCCUUUAAUUACCACGCGCCUCGCAAUAGCUCAAGGAGCCAUCCGUGAGAUUAGGGUCAUAAUCAGUUAAUUGGUACCGUGGCUGCAGACAGAGGGAGAGUGGCCCUGUUGUGGUAUCUUGCGGGGGUGACAUGAUCUGAAUGGAGUUAUGGGGGUAUGGGUGGAGGAGCAGGCGGAGGCUGGGGUGGGUGGGGGUUAGUGCCAGGCAAGUGAGGGGAGUGGGCACAGCAGUUUGGUGUGUGCCAUGUGUCAGUGGCUGAUUCAGUUGGUAGGGUCCUCUCUUUUUUCUCUCUCUCUCUCUCAAUUCAGUUGUUCCCUCUCUGUCACUCCAUCGACCUAUCUGUCUAUAUUGAGGGGACAGUCUCUUGGUUAGUAAUCAAGGAUCUUUGGUUCCUCUCUAAACGCUUCCAUUUCCGCCAUAUAAGUCAAGCCUAGCGCAGUGAACUACGCCUCUGGAGCGUGCACACGGUUCUGGUCUCUUUUCCUCGGCCCCAGUUUGCAUAGAGAUCCAAAUGACACACCAAUAGCCCUCAGAAGGAUAGCACCUCAGGCACCAGUUUCUACCGAAUGUAGGCUGAGCUAUUCAGCUUCUUAGACUUUGUUAGUAUCACUUGUGUUGUUGCUGUCGGAGGAUAUUGAAGAGACGAGAGGAGUGCUCAGUGGCAGCGGUGAGUGGCUUCCCUCGCAGAUGACUCAGUGGCCAGACAGCCCUGCUUCAAGGAGAUUAGAACAGUAGGAGGUGUGCUGCCCACACACUUUGUAACGGUUGUUAGAUUUCAAAACCAGGGUAGAGGAGAGGGUGGUAUCUGUUUUUUUUUACAUUGUUUUUUAUUCUUUUGCUAUGUUUUUUUCCACUCUACACGCCAAAGUUUGGUUUCCUUCAUCCUUAGACAGCAGUAGGAUGUGUUUUGGAAUUGAUGACUGCUGUGUCUGUUUGUGAACCAAAUAAGAGUCCAAAUAUCUCUCCACAUACACAUGUUUUUCCCUGACAUUCGUUGGAAGUAAUAGGAUAGCCACUGUUGAUGUAGUACCUUGUCAGUGCUGUGUGAAGUCUCUUUUUGUGCUUUGCAAAGAAGAUGUCUGUAAUCCCAUUUGCAUUGGUCCACCAGAAUCACAUCUUAACCCUCUGUUGUCUGUCUCCAGCCUUUCUUUCCUCCUACACUUUUUGUACCUGGACCACAUGCACCAUAGUGCCUUUAAAUGUUUCCACAUUCAUAUUAAUGUAACGUCAGUACAGUACGUAAUACCACCCUAUUCCUAAGAUAAAAAAUAACCUGUUUAUUGUCUGUGCUGUUUAUUGUAUUCAACAGUAACUAGCUAGUCUGAUCAGUGUAUGUGCCUAAUUUUGUAUUUUGUGUAUUUAAGUAAUAUAUUAUUAAUAUUGACUGUAAAUGAGGAGAUCAGAUGAUGGACCAGAUCAAAGGGAACGUAAUCAGUGUUUUUUUUUUUUUUUUUUUUUUCAAGUUUAUGUUUAUAUGGGAUCCCGCAAGACAUUGAUUUUUUUUUCAUGUUAUAUACUCCUUCAUUUGUUUGUACAAUUGUUUGCAAUUGUCAUUCAUGAAAUUGUUCAACCAUCUGUAUUUGAGUUAAGAAAAUAAAUAUCUUUUGUUUCAUAUGCA